GGCAAUGCGUGGUGUGGAGCAAGUGUGAUUUGUAAGACAACGCUAGAGGAUCAUGCCAGAGACGAACCGCAGCCCCAAGCAGCACAUAAAUCCAGAACACUUCCCAGACAAUAGACCAGAGCAGACAGCCAAGACGGAGCAGCGUGCACAGAACUUCUCCUUUGCCACCAGCUAUCCAUAUGCACCAGGACGCAGCAGCAACAGCAACAACAACAACAACAACUAUCACAACUACAACAACAACAGCAAUUAUCCAGUCUACAACGUUCAGCGCUAUCAGAGCCCGUACAAUUUCCAGCACGUGGUCACCAACGCGUUCUCCGUGCUGCACAACUCCGUGGAGUUAGACUACGAGCAAAGCUCAUACAAUAACAAGCCCAAUCAGGCCAUAGUGCGUCCCAUCAUACGUGGACAGACGACGGAACAUGUAGAUCAGCCAGCUGUUGCCGCCGCGGGCAACGUUUCGUCCAAUCCGCCAUUGACGACGCGUUCGUUCUUCUCGCGCAGCACACAGGAAGUGCGCAGCUUUGCCGAUGAGCUGAGCCAGAAGCUGCGCUUCCUGGCGCCGGAGGAGAACUACGCAGCCGGUGCUAGCAGUCGGAGCAGCGCCGGCACCGGCGCCUGGCUGGCCACACGGCAAAUGGAACGUCCACGCUUCGAGACGACGGUGCCCACGGGCAUAUUUCUGCCGCCGCCGCAUGAGCUGCAGAUGCUGCCCGCAUCCAUGUUGCGGCGCCAUGUCUAUGCCUACUCCUCCUACCCCAUGAUCCUGCACAGCUACUACAAUGCCAACAACAACAACAACAACAACAACAAUAGCCAGAACAAGGACACCAGCCGCCAGAUAUCGUUAGCUGAUAAGGAAAACAAAGCCUCCACUCGCCAGAACGGAGUGCGUGCCACGGCCGCUGUGGCAGCCGCCGCUGCCGCUGCCUCGGCCUCCAAACCCGACACCCAAACCCUGGCCGGUGGCCUGCACAUAACCAAGGCGCAGUUCCAGCAGCAGCUGCAGCAACGACGUAACAAUGGCGACAAGAGACCCGUCGUGCCGCCGCCAGAGCCCUACAUGAACAUGAUGUAUGACCGUCGCGUCAUAAAAGGAAGCAACUUUGGUACCCCGUCAAUGCUGGCGGAGGUGGAUCCAUUCGACAAGGCUGCAGAGAUACGGCGCCGCAAUAUGCUCCGCAAACGAUCGAUGCAGUGCCGCAAUCAGCGCAAUGUCCUGGGCACACCACCGCCAGUGAAGGGCAGGAAGCACGAAAAUAUACAGACGGAAAAAUACUUGGAGAAAUUGGUUCAACGUCCGCCGGAGUACUCAGUGGAUACACAAACAGAUUUGUUCCUGGAGAAGCCACCUACGCCUCCAUAUGUUGCCGCCAAAGUGGGCGUUGAUGUGGGUACCGAGAUUGGUGACGGCGAACUAUUUCACUUUGAUGCAGAAGCUCAGCCGAUUAUUGAUGUACUCGUGGAUGCCUGCAUUGAGCAGAGCAUGCUGGAAGUGGCUCACGAAAUGGAAUUGGCUGCGCUGCGCCGCAAGCAGGAGGAGUUCCUGGCUCAACGCGAGGCCGAGCUAGCCGAGCUACGGCGUUUGGAAGCCGAAGAGCUGCGUUUGCAGGCUGAGAAGGAUCGCCGCUUGCGCCAGGAUGCCAUUGCCAAGCAGCUGGACGAGGAGAUGCAGAAGAGCGUAACGGCAGCCAAGUUAUUGCAGGGACACAUUGCCAGCCUGGUACCAGAGGUGCUGGAGAACAUUGAGCCGGCCAGCGAUGCAGUCAAGAAGGAGCAAUUAACGAAGGAUAUCUGCCCCUGGCUAUCAGCUGAGGUUGCCCAAGAAGUGGGCCACAUUGUGGACUCUCGCGAGAUACUUACAGCCAUCAUACUGGAGAUUAUAAAACAGCGUGCAGCUGCUUACAUCGACUACAAGGAAGAGGAGACAGAGCCAUCAUCGUCAGAUGUCGGCAUUUGUGAAGAGGAGGGAUGCAUGCUCGACGAUAUGGAGACAUGCCCAUGCGAGCCGGAAACUGAAUAUUCUGAUUGUCCAGAGCCGCCGCCAGAGCCACCACAUCUGUAAGGAGGGCAACAAUUAUAAAUAAAAUAAGAUAUGAUUUGGUUAACUUCAGUUUUGAGUUUGAGGCGCGCCCGUUGGUCGUUAAGUGCAUACUAACAAAUCCAAAGUGCAGCUUUGUUAUUGUGUCUGGCAACAAGCGGGCGUGCCUCGGCCGCUGCAUGUUGCCACACACAAUUCCAUUGGCGCGAAUAUUGUUGCAUCAAAAGUAAUCAAAUAUUGUUAAAGGUUUAUGUUUUAUCGGAGUAUUCAACAAUAAAGACAAAAAAAAGUGAAAA